AUGGAUCAAAACGAACAAAUCCAGCAAAUUGAAGACCCUUUAUUGAAACUCCUGAAAAUCAUCAUAUCCAUUCAAAGCGUAUAUGAUCAAACGCAACCGUCUAGCGAGAUUGCCGGGUCACGACGAGUUCCUUGUCUUCUUUUUAACUUGUUAACUACACAGGCUGAGAAGAAUAAGAUAGAGCAACUCGAUAAUUGGCAAGAAGAUCAUCAUGAAGCAUGGAUUUCAAAGGAAAGAUCACUCGAGCUGUACUUCCAACAACUUGAAAGGAUUUCUUUAAACUUUGGAAUGGAUCCUACAAUGGCUCAUUAUCUUCCUCUACCUCUAACAGAUGAAUGGUGGAGUCUUUGGGAAUUUACUCAUUGUAUGAUGACAUGUUCAGUGGUUCAAGUGGGGUCUGGGAUAGACGAUUGUUCGGUUUGUAUUGAUGGGUUUCUGCUUGGAAAACCAUACAUUCGGUUGAGGUGUCAUCCUGCUCAUAGGAUUCAUGAGGAGUGUUUGGCUGACUUGAUUGUUAAUAAACCUGAUUAUAAGUGUCCAAUUUGUCGUCAAGAUUCUUACCCUCGACCAUCAUAA